ACAAACAAACAAUAAACUAGUAGUCAAUUCACAUAUAACUCAGUCAGAUUGGAUUACAAACCUUCUAUUAAAAUGGCCGGCUUCACUUUUGUAUCAAACAUUUGGCAAUCACUGUCUUUUUCAAUCAAAAUCUAAUACAUCCAACCACAAAAUUCCAAAUCGGCCACAACACUUAUAUAAGCAGCAUCUGUUUAAGCUCCAAAACUCAUCAAUGGCUACCUCAAAUUCAUCAUCUUACAUAUUUUCACCAAGCAUGAAAACUCUGCCUAUCACUCAACAACAACCCAACAUUAAACACAAUCACAAAAGUUCUUUCAGUCUUCCAUCUUACUGUCAAAAGAUUGUUGCAGAGCUUUUAGGGACAUAUAUAUUGAUUUUCACAGGGUGUGGGGCUGCAAUGGCGGAUCGAGAUCGACCUUUAACAAUCAUAGGGAUCGCAAUGGUGUGGGGUUUAUGUCUAAUGGCUUUGAUAUACACACUUGGACAUAUUUCCGGCGCACAUUUCAACCCUGCGGUUUCUAUCGCGUUUGCUGCUGUCGGGAGAUUACGUUUAAUAUACGUUCCAAUGUAUGUGGUGUCACAACUUUUGGGUUCUACACUUGCAUGUCUCACUUUGAAGGUUUUGUUUAAUCACCAACCAGACAUGUUGCCAACUUUAACUCGGUUUUCAACUCCGGUAACCGAUUUUGAAGCUUUCUUGUGGGAGUUUAUUAUCACUUUCAUCUUGAUGUUCACCAUCAAUGGUGUGGCAACCGAUGAUAGAUCGAGCAAGGAGCUUGCAGGGGUUGCAAUUGGAGUGACAUUAUUGUUUAAUGUUAUAAUUGCAGGGCCAAUUACAGGAGCCUCUAUGAACCCAGCAAGGAGCAUAGGCCCCGCCAUUGUGGCUAACGAGUAUGAAAAGCUCUGGAUUUUUAUCUCGAGUCCCAUUCUUGGGGCUCUAACUGCAACCAUCGUUUACAGUCUUCUCAGACAGCCGAAACAAGAGAGACAAGAUAUCGAGAGCGAGAGCCCUAAAAGCAUCAUUUACAACAAUGUUUAUUCGCACUCAAUUGUAUAAAAAAUAUCGAAAUCAAGAUCACCAAAGUGGUUAGAAUAAGUUUGUAAGUCUAUGAUCAAUCACUCCGCGCAAUGCAUUGAUAGGUUGUACAUCCAAGUACAGCAACAAUGACAUGAUGAAUAGAAAGUUCAAAAAUCAAGGUUUAUAUAACAAUGUUUUUUGUUUACUAUACAACACAAAGAUAAUAUGAACACAAUUGAGCA